GGAUCCUAGCAGAGGCAUUCCUGCCCCUCUUUGUGUAUGACUCUAGUCUCUUGCAUCCGAUGAAGUGAGCUGUAGCUCACGAAAGCUUAUGCUCAAAUAAAUUUGAUAGUCUCUAAGGUGCCACAAGUACUCCUUUUCUUUUUGCAAAUACAGACUAACAUGGCUGCUACUCUGAAAUCUAGUCUCUUGCUGUCUCUUCCUGUCUCUUCACUAGCCCCCACCCUUGUAGGUGUGGAAAAGCAUAAUAGGUUUUCAUGAUUAUUAACUGGGUUGGAAGCAGUUCCUGAAGGUCGAUCCUGUUCAGUCAACUGAGGAGAAUACAUUGAUGUGUAUCUGCUGUUAAGGCACUAGAAUAUUAGGCUAUGUCUACACUACGCAGCUUUUAGUGACGGGGCUGUGUUGCCCCAGCCCUGUUGCUAAAAGACGCAUAGUGUAGUUGCUGUCUGUCUGGUCUCCUGCAGACAAAAAACUUCCACACCCAAUGAACAGUGUUAGCUUUGUCCGUAGGAGAGCACUCCUGCUGACAAUGCGCUGUUCAUACCAGCGCUUUUCAUCAGCAAAACUUCUGUCUUUCGGAGGAGGUGUUAACACCUCUGAAAGACACAACUUUUGUCAUUCCAUUGCCAGUGUACACAUAGCCUUAGUGUAGCUUGGUUGGUUAAUGAGGCCACAUUAAAUCCUUUUUCCCACUCUCGCCACAUCCUGAGUGUGUUCAGCACAUUUUGCCUUCUCUGCCUUUUACUCUGAUUAAUGAAUACUAGCAGCUUGGCCUCUUGUGGAGGGAGACACUUGGGCAAUCCCUCCUUAGAGCUCUGAUGUGGCAGUGCUCCUCUCUUUUGCUGCCAGUCCCACAGAGAUACUUAAACUCCAUUGGUGUUUAGUGAGCUGGCAUUGGUGGGGCGCAGUUUGGUUGCUGGCAUGCCAUUUGAGUGCACCUUGCAGACUGAUAGCUACAGCCUUGGGAAUAGGUUCUGCUGGACAGCUCAGCAUGCAGUCCAAGAUGCCCAGUUCCCUUCCAUUGCUGAAAUCUGAUCUGCCAUUGUUCUAUGGAAACACAUUCUCAGCAGGCCCGGUGACACCCCAACUCCUCUUGGACUGCUAAUUUGAGUUAGCAAAUAUUUGCUGAGUUUGGGAUUCCACCCUGUAGAGGGUCCAGACCAAACCCUGGAUAAAGUGAGAGGUAGUUCCUAAGCAGAUGGUGCCAUGUCUGAUGGGGUUUUCCUGCUGCAUUGUGAAAAUGAGUCUGGUAAGUGGCCACCUUAGUUGCUGGAGCUCAUACAGUUCCCACUGGCCUGGGGCUGAUGGAUACCACUGCUUGAGGAGCAUGAGGUUUGCCAUGGACCAUUGGUGGUCUGGCCCCGUGUUUCAUCACAGGAUAUUUACACCAUCCUCAAAAACAUCAGGGUGCCAAGUCCCAAGUGAGAGGUGUGGGACAGGUACUUCUGUCCAAGGCAGGAUGCCUUGCUUUGGGGGAUGAGGAACAGAUGCUAGAACAAGUUAAUCCCUAUUGAGUCCCAAAUAGUCCAUCCUCAGGGACAGCAUUGUUCCCUGCAGUGACCUGGCUGUUGUGCCUUUCAGCUGCAGGAGGGACAGUCCUCUAAGGCUUCGGUAUCUCUUCCUUCCUGUCUCCAGAUACCCUGCCUGCACCACUAUCCAGCAAGUAUAAACUUGUCACUGUCCUUGCACCUCUUGCACUAGACUAGAGCCUCAGUUGCUAUGAGACAGGCACAAAACCCUUGUUCAGAGGAUAACACAGAUACUGAUGCAGUAUGCAGAGCUGAAAGGCUAAUGGGUGGGAGGGGUUGGCAGAAGGGACCCCCUUACCAGUGCCCCUAUCUUGCUAAGAAGCUCCAGCUUUAGGAGUAGAGUUGCUAAUCCCACGGCCCUGCUUUUUUUGCCACCAUAAGCCAUUUAUUAUGGUUAGGGGCUGAGUUAGAAUGCAGGGCGGGGGCUUUACUUUCCCUUGCUGGGCAGAUCCAUGUGCUGGGAGAGGGAGCUGUAUAUUUCCAGAGAAGCCAGCUGGCAGGGCAGUUGUAGUUCAGGAAGAGCUGAAAUCCAAGCAGGUCAGUUUUCACACUGCUGUCAAUCUGGUUUACUGCUCUUUCCAUUGGAGUUCCUGGCUCCUUGCAGGACCCAGUCCUGUCUCUGUAACUUGUAGACUGAGAUCAGUGGAGGGUCCAGUUUAGUAUUGGACAUGUCUUCUCUCUGGGGGCUGAAUCCUGCCUUGGCUGGAACAGAAUUGAUGAGCUAAUACGUCUUUUCAUUUCUGCCUACAAUGAUCUGGCCUCCUGAGGAAACCCUUCUGUGUCCAGGAAAGCUUCUGGCUGAUAUUUCUCGGGAGCUGUCAGAUCAGCAGAAGAUGGGAACAUAGAAUACAAGCUGAAGCUGGUGAACCCCUCGCAGUAUCGCUUUGAGCACCUGGUGACACAGAUGAAGUGGCGGCUGCAGGAAGGUCGGGGUGAGGCUGUCUACCAGAUUGGCGUGGAGGACAAUGGGCUACUGGUGGGCCUGUCAGAGGAAGAGAUGCGUGCCUCCCUCAAGACAUUGCGCCGCAUGGCUGAAAAGGUCGGAGCUGACAUCACCAUCCUGCGGGAGCGCGAGGUAGAUUAUGACAGUGAUGUUCCCAGAAAGAUAACAGAGGUUCUUGUCCGGAAAGUCCCUGAUAACCAGCAGUUCCUAGACCUGCGAGUGGCUGUGCUGGGGAACGUGGAUUCAGGAAAGUCAACGCUGCUGGGUGUCCUGACCCAGGGUGAGCUGGAUAAUGGGCGGGGCAGAGCCCGCCUCAAUCUCUUCCGGCACCUCCAUGAGAUCCAGUCAGGGAGAACAUCCAGCAUCAGCUUUGAGAUCCUUGGCUUCAAUAGCAAAGGAGAGGUGGUGAACUACAGUGACUCACGGACGGCAGAAGAGAUCUGUGAGAGCUCCUCCAAGAUGAUCACCUUCAUUGAUCUGGCUGGCCACCACAAAUACUUGAAAACCACCAUAUUCGGUCUCACCAGCUACUGCCCAGACUUUGCCAUGCUGGUGGUGAGCGCCAACACCGGCAUCGCAGGUACCACGCGGGAGCACCUGGGCCUGGCCAUGGCCCUCAAGGUUCCCUUCUUCAUUGUCGUCAGCAAAGUGGACUUGUGUUCCAAAGCCACCGGGGAACGGACAGUGAAGCAGCUGGAGCGGAUCUUGAAGCAGCCGGGCUGCAACAAGCUGCCCCUGCUAGUGAACUCGGACGAUGACGCUGUCACGGCAGCACAGCAGUUUGCACAGUCUCCCAACAUCACCCCAAUCUUCACGCUAUCCAGUGUUUCUGGAGAGAACCUGGAUCUCUUAAAAGUUUUCCUCAACAUCCUUCCUCCUCUGACCAACAGCAAAGAGCAGGAGGAGCUGAUGCAGCAACUUACAGAGUUCCAGGUGGAUGAAAUCUAUACUGUGCCUGAAGUGGGGACUGUUGUGGGAGGAACUCUGUCCAGUGGAAUCUGCAGGGAGGGGGAGAGCCUUGUGGUCGGUCCCACUGAUGAUGGCAAGUUCCUCCAGCUGAAGGUGUGCAGCAUCCAGCGGAACCGCUCCGCAUGCCGUGUGCUCCGGGCAGGACAGGCUGCCACGCUGGCCCUUGGGCCCUUCGACCGCUCCCUGCUGCGCAAGGGCAUGGUGAUGGUGAGUCCAGAGAUGAACCCCACUAUCUGCUCAGUAUUUGAAGCCGAGAUUGUGCUGCUCUUCCAUGCCACGACUUUCCGAAAGGGAUUCCAGGUGACUGUGCACGUGGGGAAUGUGCGGCAGACGGCCAUCGUAGAGAAGAUCCAUGGAAAGGACAAGCUGAGGACAGGGGAGAAGGCUGUCGUUCGUUUCCGGUUCAUCAAACAUCCUGAGUACUUAAAGAUUGGCGCCAAGCUGCUGUUCCGUGAAGGAGUCACCAAAGGUAUCGGGCAUGUCACCGACCUCCAAGCUAUCACCACUGAAGAGAAUGGCCUGGAGGAGACCCUGGGGCCUGGGUGUUUGACCUUCUGACUCCAACUAGAUCUGUGAGAUCUCCGGACACCAGCAAUGGAGGAGGAGAGAGUUGUGGGGAGUUGUGAAGAGCAGGACACGAUUGGAACUUCUGCUGUCCGGUUCUAGCAUGGGCUUCUCCUCUCCACACUGUGAGGGUGGAGCCCAGGAGAGCUCCCUGUCUUCAGUACCCCCAACGGGGAAAGUUAAGCGUGUUGUGUCUGCAUCGUCUGCUGCUUUCAUUAUCCUGCCCUCCACCACAAUAGACCAGAGGCAGACUUAGUCUGGGCAGGCGAGUCCUGGCUUUGUUUACAGUACUUUGGUGGGAAGUUGUUGGCUGGUACAAAGCAAAGCUCCUGAGGUGCUGAGCAGCAGUGAAGGGAUGCUGCCACCGCUGUUACAGGGUCAGUCCCAUUGCAGCUCUCUGAGCGUUGGGCCUGACCCAUACUGUGUGCACCCCUGUCUUCCAGUCUCAGGCUUUUCCCUCCAGGGCAGAGACCUUUGGGACGGCAUAGGAGGCCCAGCCACCCAGAGUGCAGAGACUUGGUUAAACUCAGGUUCACAAACAGUAGGAACCCGAGAAAAGUUCAGGACACUUGUAGCCCUUUUAAUCUUGGUUAAUUUUAAUCCCACGUGGGCCCCCCUUCUGUGUUCAGUGGCUCCUGCUUGGCUAUCCCAGCUCUUCCCCAAACCAGCGCAAACCGGGAUCUCUUCCAUGGACUGGCCCUUGCAAGAUGGUGAUUUAAGCCCCAUGCCCAUCCUAGUGCUCAUGUCUUGUGGGUGGCUGGGGCUGCCCCCACACAUCCCAGUGCAAUCAGCCUCCUUGAGAACCUGCACGAAGCCAGGGUCUCUGCCUCUAGCCUUCUGCUCACUGCAACAGCUGAGCAUCCUGCUGGCCCAAGCAGGAGGUCAUUUUGGGGAACAAAGCUGGGCCCACAGCUGGGCUUGAAUCUGCUUGUCCGCUUCAAGUAAGCGCCCCUGUGGGAAGUCUCCUUCAUUGAGUUAGUGGCAGUGCGUUGUGAUGGAUUUCCCUGUUGCAAUCAAUCUGUGCUGCAGCCCAGCUUGCUCCUCGGGGACUUGCCUUAACUCUCGAGGAGAGACAGAGGGGGCUGCCGUACUGGCUCAGGAGGACGUUUACUGUUGGAUGCCAUCUGACAAAGCUAUUGCAAGGAUUUUUAUUUUAUUUUAUUAUUUUUUUGCUCUCAUUCUACUUAAGGGAAACUUCCUUUCUUGUCUCUGCCACUGAGGUUUCACUGCCUAGGAGAGCUGGUGGGAGCCAGCACAGCCAGAGGCUUGGUAGGUGUGUGAAGACAUGGAACACUUGCUGCCUUGUUUCCCCAGCUGUGCCCUUCAGGUACCAAGUGCUGAGCAUUGCCCUGUGCAGCUGCUGCUGAGGGUCAGCCCCAUUCAGCUGGGAACAGGGGGGCUGGGGAGGGUUAUGCAGUUGAGGCUGCGUAGCUGUCAUAAGGCUUUUGGUUUCACUGGUGACUGUUGAAUAGAGCUGGUCACGCACGGCUGCCUGAGCCAAGGUGUGGUGUCUGGGCAGGGAGGGGGCUCUGCUCCAAGUGUUGCCAAUAAUCGUCAGGCUGUGCUGCCUCGUGCUCAGGGUCUCAUGCUGGGGCUACUGGCAUGGGCAGCGCACACGAGACUGAGCUUCUCACAGCAGCUUUCCCUGCCACAGGCCAUGCCCUUGCUGUAGUGAGGAGCCUUGUGGGGGGGGAGGAUUCCUGCCUGCAAGCUGUUCAAGUGCACCAAGCUGAGUUGCGGGGAGAGGAGGAGAGUUGUUCCUCCCCUGUGAAGGGUUAUGAUGAAGCUCCUCUGCUUUCUCCUGCCAUGUUCUGUGCUGAAACUCUGGCUUAGACUGGGACCUUUAGGGCAAGCCUGUCAUGCAAUUGCUGUUAAUAGCAGCAUUGUCAAGGAAGGUACUGAAGAGUUGCCUCUUUAAAUUCUUGGGGGAUAGGAUCCCUCCUCCACCUUACAGGGACUUGAACCAUGGACCCUAAGAUUAAAAGUCUGAUGCUCUACCAAUUGAGCUAGCUCUGAGCAGGCACUGCCCCUUCCCUGGAAGAGGUAAUGUAUUCACUCUGCUGGUAGUACCUUGCACACUUUGUGCUGGGGGAAGCUUGGUCUGUCUUUUCUCCCUUUCAGUCCCCUUGCACACGACUGCUUUGCUGGCUCAGCUAGUCUGAAAGGGGGACUGUGCCCCUCAUAUGCUCCUGCAGGGAGAACAGAGUCCCAGUGAGCACUCCCCUCUCUUGUUAUUGUGUAAAUACAAAUAAUGGUGCCCUGGAGGGGCGAGUGUCUCCUCCUGCUGUUUGCAGUGACCUUGGGGUAACCGGGGGUAACCGUCAGCACUGCCACAUACUCAAGCUGCUGCUCCCUUCCCUGGAAGAGCUGAUGGGCUGAGCACCUUCCCUCUCUCCCCCACCCCCUCUUCUGUGGCAUGACUGUUCUCAGUGCCAUGCUUUCCAUGCUCCCUGUUCUCUUGUCUUGGAUUCUCUAAUGCAGAGGGAUGGCUUCCAUUUCCUUGGCAUCUAUAUAUAAUGUACAGAAUAAAGAUGUUUUAUUGAGACAGAA